CCAAUCCACAUUAGGUCAUUCAUGUGCAUUCCUAAUUGGAGGCUUUCCCAGCCGGUAUUCUGCAAUGGGGGGGUGAAUCUUUUUGGGGGGGCGAGUUGAGAGAGCCCUGAGUUCCGCCGGUGCUGCUGCGCGGGAGGUUAUAGCGAACGAACACUUUUGCAGAGUCUGCGUUGCCCGGACAAGAGAAUGGGCUUCAAAGCCCCGUGCAGCUACUUCUCGGCGUUGCUGCUGCUGCUUUGCCUCCGGGGGUCCCGUGGCGUUCCUACUUUCAGGAAGGAGAGGGGAGUUCAUCCUGACCCCGAGCUCAGCAAUCAGCAGCACGAAGAUAAUCAGAGCUUCCAGUAUGACCAUGAGGCCUUCCUGGGCAAAGAGGAAGCCAAGUCUUUCGAUCAGCUCACCCCAGAGGAAAGCAAAGAAAGAUUGGGGAAAAUUGUUGAUCGAAUUGACGAUAACAAAGAUGGCCUUGUCACAACAGAGGAACUGAAAAACUGGAUCAAACGGGUGCAGAAACGCUACAUCUUUGAAAAUGUAGCUAAAGUCUGGAGGGAUUAUGACCUCAACAAAGACAAUAAAAUUUCCUGGGAAGAAUACAAGCAAGCCACGUAUGGCUAUUACCUAGAAAAUCAAGAAGAAUUUCAAGAUGCCACAGAUCAGCACAGUUUUAAAAAAAUGCUUCCCAGGGAUGAAAGAAGAUUCAAAACAGCUGACCUGGAUGGCGAUUUAGCAGCCACUCGGGAGGAGUUCACAGCUUUUCUUCACCCAGAGGAGUUUGAGCACAUGAAAGACAUUGUUGUUCUAGAAACAUUGGAGGACAUAGACAAAAAUAAAGAUGGCUUUGUGGACCAAGAUGAAUACAUUGCUGAUAUGUUUGCACAUGAAGAUGGUGGUCCAGAACCUGACUGGGUAAUAACUGAGCGUGAACAAUUUGCGGAUUUUCGUGAUCUAAACAAGGAUGGGAAGAUGGAUAAAGAAGAAAUUCAGCACUGGAUCCUUCCACAAGACUAUGAUCAUGCUCAAGCUGAAGCCAGGCACUUAGUCUAUGAAUCAGAUGUUGACAAGGAUCAAAUGUUAACCAAAGAAGAGAUCCUAGACAACUGGAACAUGUUUGUUGGAAGCCAAGCUACAAAUUAUGGUGAAGAUCUCACAAAAAACCAUGAUGAGCUAUGAUAUUCUUUGGAAAGCAAAUAGAGCAAAGCCUUAGGGCUGGUUUUCUGUACAUUUCCAAAGUAACUGGUUGUGUAUGUUACCUGAUUUUUUCCCAAGUAUUC